CCGAAAACCCGAAAAGAUCACCAGAACCGAACAGUCCAAUUAAGAAAGGAAAUCUCUCCCUCUCCCCUCUUUCUCUCUCUAAAUUCUGAGGGAUCCUGUUUCCGCACCACAACUACUCACAAUAAUUAGUUUUACCUCACUUUCUCUCUACCACAUCAAACUUUCCGGGGAAAUCAAGGGGCCGAGAGAAUCACAAAAGGGGGAAAAAAAGGAAAAAUCAAAGCAAAACCAAACCUCAUGAGGGCUCCGAAGAGGCCGAUCCACACCGUAUGGACAUGGGCGCGACGCCAGCCGUCCAAAGUUCAGGCCUUUCUGGCCGUUGUUUCGGGCAUGGCGGCGCUGGUUCUGCUCCGAUUCAUCGUCCACGAUCACGACAACCUCUUUGUUGCAGCUGAGGCUGUGCACUCGAUUGGAAUCUCCGUUCUUAUCUACAAGCUCAUGAAGGAGAAGACUUGCGCUGGGCUAUCACUCAAAUCGCAGGAACUGACAGCUAUGUUUUUAGCUGUGAGAUUAUACUGUAGUGUAGUUAUGGAAUAUGAUAUACACACCCUGCUAGAUUUAGCUACGCUGGUGACGACCCUCUGGGUCAUUUAUAUGAUCCGGUUCAACUUAAAGUCUAGUUACAUGGAGGACAAGGACAACUUCGCAAUAUAUUAUGUUGUGGUUCCAUGUGCUCUACUAGCUCUGUUUAUUCAUCCAUCAACUUCUCAUCAUUUGUUGAACAGGAUUUCCUGGGCAUUUUGUGUGUAUCUGGAAGCUGUUUCCGUACUGCCUCAGUUGCGGGUCAUGCAAAACACAAAGAUUGUUGAGCCAUUCACAGCACACUAUGUGUUUGCACUGGGCGUCGCAAGGUUCCUCAGCUGUGCCCAUUGGGUUCUCCAGGUAUUAGAUACACGUGGGCAGUUGCUUGUAGCCUUGGGCUAUGGGUUAUGGCCUUCCAUGGUUCUUAUUUCAGAAAUUGUCCAGACUUUCAUAUUAGCAGACUUCUGUUACUACUACAUUAAAAGUGUUUUCGGAGGGCAGCUUGUCCUGCGUCUCCCUUCUGGAGUUGUAUGAGUUAGCUCUGGUUCUGCUUUGGUCCGCGAGCGCACUGCCGUCAAAGACUUUUAACCUAGCUAGGCAAUGUGGCUGGUGAAUGGUUGUUUAAGUUCCCCUUUUUUAUACUUCCUCGUAUCACUAUACCUGGGUAGAUGAGUUGAAUUACUCCUAUUUGACUUCAAAACAGCAAUUUCAUCUUGUAGUGCCAAUUGCUUAAUCACUAGCUCCCCCAUCUUGUCUUUAAAUAUAUGCCCUCUCUCGUACACCUUUCGGUUGAUUAUUUCUUCGAGCAUGGAUGAAUUGGAGCAGGACGAGCCUCGUCGGUGCACUGCAGUACCAUAGGUGCGACAAUAUCCAUGACCAUCUUCAUCUGCAAUUCCAUCAAAUAUCUUAUCUCGUGCAGCUAUGUUCUGUUCCGACUCGCUCAGUUCAUUAAGUCGUUGAUUAUAUUCUUCCCAAGUAGUUUCAAAAGACUUUAGACAUGAAUUUUCAGAAAUGCGUUCAUGUUUUUUCUAGUCUGUGCUAACAUUUUGCCAAAAGUUUACUUGAGUGGAUUCUCAUU